AUGCAAAUACUUUUUGUACUCUACCACCUUGUUAAACGUCAUACAACGACAGCUUUACUUUGCUAUAACCCCUCUUCAAACCUUCUAAUCUCCCUCUCAUUGAUACUGUCCCCUACUUUUUACAGAAAGCCCUUGAAGGAGCAAUCCCCAUUUUGAAUAUCAUGCAACCACUCUGCCUUGUCAAGACCUAGUGACUAAAAGAGAUCAUCAAUGAC